GUCUAGUUCGGCUGAAUUUAUCCACAUACACCUGGCAUACUCAGAGCCAGAAGCUCUGAUGAGUCAACGUGAGAAUAGUAAUAAUGUAUUUACGCAUAAUGAUUAUACCGUGGGAUGGGUCUGUGCCCUGCCCAAGGAGUUAACCGCCGCUACAGCCAUGCUCGAUCAGCAGCACCCAUCACUAUUGAAGCCACGAAACGAUAGCAAUGCAUACACUCUUGGGUCUAUCGGGCCUCACAACAUUGUCAUCACUUGCUUACCAAAGGUUAUGACCGGAAACGUCCCAGCAGCAACUGUUGCUAGCAAUCUCGUCACCACCUUCCCAUCCAUCAAGGUCGGCCUCAUGGUAGGCAUCGGUGGCGGCGUUCCAUCCAACAAGAUCCGACUUGGAGACGUAGUUUUCACUGCUGACGGCUUUGACACUACUGGAAACGCAACACAAUCUGUUCGGAACCAAGAUACCAGAUUAUCUGAAGAACUAGAUCGCAAGUGGUCGAGGCUUGCUGCGGCAUCCCUCAGGAACGAUUCUCUCAAAGAUGUAUUGUUCAAGUCGUCAUACGAACAUGUUGAAAAUCCGGUUUCCAACGGGGAUCCUGAAGAUAAAGAUAUAUCUAUGACUGUAAAGAGGAAAGACAGAGAGAUGUGUAUUCACUAUGGACUAAUUGCAUCAGGCGACAAGUUGAUCAAAGACGCUGCAUCACGAAACAAACUCAACGAAGAUCUUGGAGGCCAUGUUCUUUGCAUUGAGAUGGAGCCUGCGGGUCUUGUGAAUCACCUUCCUUGUCUUGUUAUACGAGGUUCAAAUGAUGUGGAAGGGGAGCGCCCAGUAAAGGAUUUGUUAAGCGAUGUCCACUGUCUUGUUUCUGAAACACGGGAGGAUGUCGCCCAUAUUAGAACCAAUAAGACCAGAAAAGACGACAUCAAGAUUCUCGACUGGCUUACGACAGUUGACUACGGUCUGCAACAGAGCGAAUAUCAGAAGAUUCGAGAGCCCGGAACUGGUAGUUGGCUUUUUGAUCCCUCGGAGUACCAGACUUGGUUGAAUACAUCUGGGCAAACUUGGUUUUGCCAAGGCAUCCCAGGUGUCGGGAAGACAAUUCUUACAUCAGGUUUGAUUGAGCAUCUAAACUCAGAACUCGCAAAUGACUCUACAAAUGGAGUUUCAUACAUCUUUUGCAACUUUCAAAGACAUCAACAGCAAACCAGUGACGGUCUCCUUGCAUGUAUCCUGAAACAACUCGCUGCUACAAGAGAUCAUAUCACGAAGAACAUGUUCGUGGAUCGCCAUUGCACCAGCCUUGCGACCACUGUCUGGGUAGAGACUAGCGAGAAGACGUGGGAACUCGAGAGUCUCAACGUCGAGACGACCACCACUGCGGCACUUCUGAAUUCUCUCGCGGGUAUUCCAGAGACGAUGCAGAAGUCGUUCAAGCUCAUCUCAAUUAUGCUGUGUGCCAAGAAGAGGAUUGAGGCCGCGAAUGUCCUCAAAGCGAAGGAUGCCGAAAAAACCGCCAGUUCGACUAGCCUCUGGAGACUUCUUGCCUUAGCGAAUGAUAGUGAUCUCAUAGAGCCCCUGGCAAACAAAGGUGGCACGCCACUCUUCGUGAAUGUAGAUGUACAGCUUGGCGAGCUUCUCAUACCAGCAGAUGACCUCGUCACUUAUUCGGCCAUGUUUGUGCUUGCUGAUCUCAAUUUGGGCCCGGAUCAUAUCCUCGCGACAGGUUAUAAUCUCUGUUCGUUUGUUGAUGGCCAUGGUCUCAUUCCAUGUUAA